CUCCUAGAACGAACCUUGAGAAUUUCAGACCAAAAUUGAAAAAAUGGCUGACCUUACCCAGCUAAUGGAAAAUGACGUAUUCAUGGCCUUUGCCACCUAUGCAGCAAUUAUUCUUUUGAAAAUGAUGUUUAUGAGUACAGCAACUGCAUUCUACAGAAUAACAAGAAAGGUUUUUGCCAACCCAGAAGACUGUGCAGGCUUUGGCAAAGGAGAAAAUGCCAAGAAGUAUCUUCGCACAGAUGACAGAGUGGAACGUGUAAGAAGGGCCCACCUGAAUGACCUUGAAAAUAUUGUUCCAUUUCUUGGUAUUGGUCUUCUGUAUUCCUUGAGUGGUCCAGAUCUUUCUACAGCCAUCCUGCACUUCAGACUCUUUGUUGGAGCACGGAUCUACCACACAAUUGCAUAUUUGACACCCCUUCCCCAGCCAAAUAGAGGUUUGGGUUUUUUUGUUGGCUUUGGAGUUACUUUGUCAAUGGCUUAUAGUUUGCUGAAGAAUAAAUUGUACCUAUAAAGAGAAUCAUCCAACUCAUCAUCCAACUGGUGUUUUAAGAAUUCUGUCCUUCCAAUUUUAUAUAAUGAAUACUUUCCUAGGUUUUAAGUAGGAGGGGAGCCGAGAAUUUAAGAAUCGGGGAAAACUGAUUUUGAAUAUUAGCAUCACCAAUAUCCUGUAUUCUUGUUUCGUAUUUGUACUAGAAAUUUAACAUCAUAAUUCUUACAUAUUCUGUCUUCUCAAAGUACUUUGUUGGAAAUUUUGAUUGUGUUAUAAUUUGCAACAUUCAUUCAGCAUUUCAUGUUUUGAGUCUAUAAAAGGACUGUGGGUAUGGGAAACCUAUAUUUCAAUACUGCUGAAAUGGGCAUAUGUAAUAAAGAAUUUAAAGAAU